CUCAUAGUUAUAAAUAAACACACACCUUGUGGCUAUAAGUUUAACUGCCAUGAUUGCCUGCUCCGCGACAUCCCCACCACCACAGCUUGGUUCAUGGUCGGCACAAGCACCUUCUCCCCGCCCUCGACCGGGUCGACUCUUGCUGAACUCACCAGGAACAACACUUUGUCUUCUCUGCUCCAUAGAACGAUUGCUCCUUUUCCACUCAAAAUCUCAACCAAGAGUAAUCGCGUUUCUGCCCGCAGCUUACGCAACUCCAAUUCGGAACUGGCCCUCGUUGAGGGACCUUCAUGUAUUUUCGUUGGACCUAUCGAGACGGCAAGUCAAGAAACCCUAGAGGCUCUUUAUCGUCAGGCACGAGAUGCUUAUUACAGUGGGAAACCUUUGAUUGUUGACGACAUGUUUGAUAAAGUAGAGCUUAAACUGCGGUGGUAUGGUUCAAAGUCUGUUAUCAAGUAUCCUCGAUGCAGCCUUAGGCGACAAUUAACAUAUGCAGAUGCUGAGGAAGACCCUUCACAGGUUUUGGCAUUAGCAAGUGUAUGGAUCCUGUUACUUGCAUUUGGCAGCUUGGCUUUUCUUCUACCGACAAUCUACACCGUUGGUCUGGCUUAUCAUGAUGCAUUAAACUCAAGAUUUCCCCUGAUUAGAGAAGCUCCUUCAUUGGAAUUUCUUGCAAUGCUGAAUGGCAUUCUAUUCAUGGCAUUGGGGUCUUUGAUUGGUUAUCCAGUUGCAUCAGCUUCUGUUGGAGCACUUCAGGGCCUCUGGAAAAAUGACUUGGUGGCUUUAAAGGGAGCAUGCCCAAAUUGUGGGGAGGAGGUCUUUGCAUUUGUGAGGGCAGAUCAAUCCAAUCGAGCUCCUCAUAAGGCAGAUUGUCAUGUAUGUGAGUCCUCUCUAGAGUUCCGCACCAAGGUUGAGCAAUCUAUUUCUAGACAUGGCAGACGAUGGGUUUACGGUCGCGUUUACUUGGUCCGACAAGGAGGUUCAAAUCGUGGUCAAAGAUGGUGGUAAAUGAUUUGAUGGCACAGCCGUUAUUCACUUGGCGUGCUAUUCUCAAUGAUCAUCAUGUAUAGUUGCUUCAUUCUUUCAUCUUGGUUGCCAUGAGACUGUAAUCUUAACAGACAAAUAAACGUUAAGUUUUAGUCAUUCAGCAAUUUCACAUUGGGGUUCUACAGUAGAACAUUUGCUCGAGGACAUGAGCUAAGUUUUUUUUUGUACCAAUGGAAUAUUGCUUUCGCUGAUAGAUCACUUGGUUUACUGGGUAUUA